AUGGCUCGUAACGAAGAGAAAGCGCAGUCCAUGCUGAAUCGUUUCAUAACCCUAAAAGAGCAAGAGAAGAAGAAGCCCAAGGAGCGCCGCCCGUUCCUCGCCUCCGAAUGCCGGGACCUCGCCGAAGCCGACAAGUGGCGGCAGCAGAUCAUGCGCGAAAUCGGCCGGAAGGUCGCCGAGAUCCAGAACGAAGGCCUCGGCGAGCAUCUGCUGCGGGACCUGAACGACGAGAUCAACAAGCUCAUACGGGAGAAGUCGCACUGGGAGCGGCGUAUCGUCGAUCUCGGCGGCGCUAAUUAUGCCAAACACUCGGCCAAAAUGACCGACUUGGACGGGAACAUUGUAGACGUCCCCAAUCCCAGCGGUCGUGGCCCUGGGUACCGGUACUUCGGCGCGGCGAAGAAGCUUCCCGGAGUGAAGGAGCUGUUUGAGAAGCCGCCGGAGCUCAGGAAGCGGCGGACGAGGUACGAUAUCUACAAGAGAAUUGACUCGAGUUACUACGGGUAUAGAGAUGAGGAAGAUGGGGUUCUGAAGAAAGUAGAGAAGCCGGCUGAAGAGAAGAUGAGGUUGAGGGCGGUUGAAGAGUGGCGGAGGAUGGAGGAGAUUAGGAAGGAGGCGAGGAGAGGAGCGACGGAGGUUGUGAGCGUUGGAGUUGGGGCGGCAGCUCAGGAGGUCUUGUUUGAAGAAGAGGAAGAUGUGGUGGAGGAGGAAAGGUUGAAAGAGAAGGAAGAGAGGGAGAAGAUGGAUAAGCAGAAAGAGUUUGUGGUUCAUGUGCCGCUGCCUGAUGAAAAGGAGAUUGAGAAGAUGGUGCUGGAGAAGAAGAAGAAGGAUCUCUUGAGUAAAUAUGCCAGUGAUACGUUGAUGGAGGAGCAGAGUGAGGCCAAGUCCAUGCUCAAUAUUAAGCGCUAG